GAAGCUGCAUUCCCAAAGCAGACCGUCCUAUGGACACUCCUCUGCCGCCUGCCAGCCUGGAUGUGGGGAUGCGGCCAGUGUGUGCUGUAUAUAUAGUCCACACAGCCCCGUCCUGACAGGCAGGUGAGCGGGGAGGAGACUGCCGUGUCUCUGACAGGGGGCGGGGGCGCCAUGGUGACUCCCUCCACCCCUCACAGCACAGGAGCCGCCUGCAGGAAGAAGUGACAGUGUCCGACAGCGGUAAACACAGCCCGGUGUGCAGUCACCGCUUAUCAGGUGGGACAGUCCUGUAUGGGAGGCCGGGGACACUACAGCCCAGCUGACCGGGGAUUAGCCGUGUCCUGGCAUUACCAUCGGAUUACCAGGAAGUGUCUAUAAGGGAACUACUCCUACUGGCCAUGGCACGUCACCUCUACCGGCAGAGAGCAGUACAGGCAGGGGCAUGAAGGGUCCUGCUGGAGACCACCACUGACAUGUAUAGAGACUUCCACACAGGAGAUACUAAACCUCAGUCUAGGCUGGACAGCGAUCUGUCACUGGAAACAACAACUCACCUGCUCACUGACUUACCAGCUGAUCUGUGCCCUCCAGGGUAGAGCCCAUUACCCGCCAUACCAAGCACUGGGCUGACACAUCAUCAUACAUAUUUAUUAUUUCCUAUACUUUGUAUCAUACAUAGCUGUCACCAUGGAUGCGUCCACACUGGAACUUGAUGCUCUGAAGUUUGCAAAGUUAGCGGUGGUCAACGAUCAAGUAGGAAAGUACAAGGAAGCGGUCUUCUAUUACAAGGAAGCUGCUCAAGCCCUUAUUUAUGCUGAAAUGGCGGGAUCUACAUUAGAGAAUAUUCAGGAAAAGAUAUCUGAGUAUCAGGAAAGAGUUCAGGCUCUUUACACUGCAGUUCAAGCCCAGAAUAUUGACCCCUUAAAAUCAAAGCAACAUUUGGAUCUGGAGCGAGCGCACUUUCUUGUCACCCAGGCAUUUGAUGAAGAUGACAAAGGGAAUGUGGAAGAGGCGAUCGAAUUGUACUCUGAGGCAGUGGAGCUUUGCCUGUCUACAUCCAAUGAAACUACAGAUCAAAACUUGCAAACAAAACUGAAGCAGUUGGCUCGACAAGCGUUGGACAGAGCAGAAUCAUUGAAAGACUCAAUGUCUAAAUCAUCAAUGAAAGAUAAGCCAUCUGCCCAUAAGCAAAGCCAAAACCAACCAACACGAACCUUCUUUCCUCUGGGUCCAGACUUCAGCUUAAAUGAUAAACCAGCAACUAACAAACCAGCCCAGAACAGCGAGUCUCCCCGCCAGAGGUACACAGCAGAGGAGAUAGAAGUGCUCAGGAAGACCUCUAAGAUUAAUGGCAUUGAGUAUGUGCCUUUCAUGAGUGUUGACCUGCGGGAGAGAUUUGCCUUUCCCAUGCCAUACUCGGACAAGUUUGGUAAGUUGGCAUUGUCCCCCAAGCAGAAGGCCAUGUUUUCCAGGUGGGUUAGGCCAGAUGAAAUCACAAACAACCCUAUCAUGAUCUACACUGUGUCAAGUUUCAGCAUUAAACAGACAAUAGUGUCAGAUUGCUCUUUUGUGGCCUCCCUCGCAAUCAGUGCUGCCUAUGAAAGACGCUAUAAUAAGAAACUGAUUACAAGCAUCAUCUACCCACAAAACAAAAAAGGAGAACCCGAAUACAACCCAUGUGGGAAAUACAUGGUGAAGCUGCACAUUAAUGGCGUACCUAGAAAGGUGAUAAUCGAUGACUUUCUUCCAGUGGAUCAUAAUGGAGAGUUGUUGUGCUCAUAUUCAAACAACAAGAAUGAAUUAUGGGUGUCCCUUAUUGAGAAAGCCUACAUGAAAGUGAUGGGAGGUUAUGACUUCCCAGGAUCUAAUUCGAACAUUGACCUUCAUGCACUGACUGGAUGGAUACCAGAGAGGAUAGCUAUGCACUCUGACAAUCAAGCCUUUGACAAAGAAAGCACUUUUCGAAUGCUCUACCAAAGAUUUCACAAAGGCGAUGUCCUUAUUACCACAGCUACAGGUGUGAUGUCUGAAGAGGAGGGUGAAAAAUGGGGCCUGGUACCUACACAUGCAUACGCUGUCUUGGAUAUUAGAGAAUACAAGACAUUACGGUUUCUCCAACUAAAGAAUCCAUGGAGUCAUUUAAGAUGGAAAGGUCGUUUUUGUGAGAAAGAUGAGAGAAGCUGGACCCCAGAGCUACAAAAAUACUUAAACUUUGACCCACGAACUGCCCAAAAAAUUGACAAUGGUAUUUUCUGGAUCACCUGGGAAGACCUAUGUCAGUAUUAUGAUGUUAUUUAUUUGAGCUGGAAUCCAAGUCUUUUUAAGGAAUCCACAUGCAUUCACAGUACAUGGGAUGCGAAACAGGGUCCUGUUAAAGACGCUUACAGUCUUGCAAACAAUCCUCAGUACAGACUUGAUGUCCAGUGUCCAAAGGGUGGAGCUGCAGUGUGGAUUUUGCUGAGCAGACACAUCACAGAUAAGGAUGACUUUGCACAAAAUCGAGAAUUUAUUACACUGGUUGUUUACAAGAAUGAUGGAAAAAAGGUUUACUACCCAGCUGAUCCUGCACCAUAUAUUGAUGGAAUACGGAUAAACAGCCCUCAUUACCUAACAAAGAUUCCGCUGACCGCUCCCGGAACCCACACAUUUACUUUAGUAGUGUCUCAGUAUGAAAAACAGAACACCAUUCUCUACACACUCAGGGUGUAUGCAGCUUGUAAAUUUACAUUUUCCAAGAUCCCAACACCAUAUACAAUAAACAAACGGAUUAAUGGCCAAUGGAAAGGACAUAGUGCAGGCGGCUGCGGUAACUUCAGAGAUACCCACAAAAAUAAUCCCAUAUAUCAAUUUAACAUGGAGAAAGCUGGACCGUUACUGGUUGAGCUCAGAGGACCAAGGCAAUACAGCGUGGGCUUUGAGCUCAUAACUGUGUCCACAUCUGGAGAUCCAGGACCAUCAGGCUUCCAGAAGAAGAGCAGCGGUGAUUACAGAUGUGGCUUCUGCUAUCUGGAAAUAGACAAUGUACCUGGAGGGAUUUACAACAUCAUCCCCACUACAUUUUUGCCUGCACAGGAGGGCCCCUUCUUUUUGGACUUUAAUAGUGUAAUACCUAUCAAAGUGUCACAGCUCCAAUGAUGAAGGAAAUAUGGCUUACUACUUAAGACAUUUCUCUGCAAUACAAUUCCACCUUAAAGGAGAAUUCUAGCAGGCAUGGUGUUUACAUGAUACAGCACUAGAUUAUCAUACACAGCUUUUAAGUACUCCAUGAAGACCAAGCAAUCUUAUGGAAGGGAAGGGUACUGCUGUGAACAUGCAGUAUAAAGGUCUACUUGAAUAUUUUAUUGGUGAAUUUCAUGUAUAGCCUACAAAAUAAAUAUUUUUUUCACCACCAAACUGAAAUGCUCUGUAUAGAAUAAAUUCCAUA